AUGUUUCGAGCGAGUCAAUGUCUCUAUCACGUCUUGAUGAAGUUGGUCAGCAGCGACACGUUUCUUCAAAAUCAGCUGCCACCCAAAUCUCCAAGCAUGAUCUCGUCCGCUCAAGAAAUACCGGUACACUGGGAGCAUGGAAUGGUGCCUGGUACCUGUCAGCAGUAUCACGGCAGAGCUUGCAGUCAGUAUCUCUCAGGGCAGAGUGUCCUUGUCAAUUCCGAAAACCCAGAGUAUCUCAUGAACAUCGAAAGACAGUUACAAGCUGCUACUGCCGUCAUCAGCAAUUCCACGGAGGUGACGGAUGUUUGUAAGACGUACGCCGAAAAAGUGUCUUGUUACCACAACUACCACGUGUGUGAUUCAAGGUUGACUAGCAGGAGCACUGUGAAAAUCCUGUUAAUAUGCAAACGAGACUGUCAACUGCUAGAGGAGGAUAUCUGUUGGGAGGAAUACAAAGCCGCUAAGACGGAUGGUCUGAUUGGCCAAGGCGCAUUGUUGCCCGAUUGUAGCAAGCUAAAUUUCACCGGCAGCGAUUGUAUUCAUGUUUUAGAUAUUGAGGAGGAUGCAAAGAUCGAUCCAUGUAAGUCAUCUUAUUUGUCUUAUUUACUUUUAUAUUUUGUACAUUAUUCAGCAAAUUUGAUUUAAAG